ACAGAUACAGACAAAAAUACGUAACCGCGGCUAUUUUUUUUUUAAAUAGGCCUACUACAUGUACAGAAACCUAUUCAUUUCAUUUGUGGUUUAGGCCUAUUGGUAAACUUUGGUCUGGCCUGCCAACUGUCUAGGAAAUACUCGGAAACAGCGGAGUGCAUUAACGACCAACGACAUCAGUAUGGUGAAGCCACACAGGACGAUUCAGGUAUUUUUGUGUUUAGUGUUCGGAGUACUUCUCUACACACUGAUGAGAAUACCAGCUAAAUUGGAACCAAAAUAUGUCUUUAUUGAAGAGGCCUAUGCACCAUUAGCACUGAGCGAGAGGAUUUCUGACAGUUAUCCCGUUCGGUAUUGUACCAGUAAUCAAUCAUACGUGGAUUUUGGGAGUUCAAAUAUUCUGACAUCCCAACAAAAGGCGAGUGUUGAGCAAUGUAUAGCGUCCUACCAGCAGGAUGUCACACAGGCAUAUGAGGAUGAAAUGUUACAUACUGCAAUACGGUAUACCAGCCAUUCUUAUCUCAACCGAAACAGUGUUAUGAUAGAGGUUGGUGGACAUUUGGGUAUUGAUGUAAGUGAAUUCAAUUCUCGGUACCAUCCAGGCUCGUAUUUUGUGUUAGAACCAGUUCCUAAAUUUUAUAAUAUAUUGGUGACAAAGUUCAAGGAGUUUAAAAACGUAGUUUUCUUUAACUUUGGAAUUGAUGUCGGUGAUGGUCAAUUUUAUAUAAAGGAGUCCAGUGAUGAUGCAGUUUCUAUAUUUGAGUCCGAUAACCAGAUUGGAGAGAUGAUACAAAUAGUUAACACAACACAAUUCUUCGAGACUUUGUCAGUCCGGAGUCGUGAUGUGGACUUAAUAACAAUGAACUGUGAAGGAUGCGAGUACGCUGUACUGGACCUUCUCCUCACGACAGACUACAUACGUCACUUCCGGAAUAUUCAAUUCCAGUGUCAUAGAAUGGAAAGAAUAUGUUACCCGAUUCGACGAUUCUGUUGGUACCAGGAGUUGUUAAGGAAAACUCAUAAACUCAGUUAUCAAUUUAAGUAUGUGUGGGAGAGUUGGACAAAAGUAUAAAACAGUGUGUGUAUAUAUCUUUUUUCUUAAUCAACAGAAUAUUUAAAAUCUAUAGAUACAGUCAAACUUCUUUAUCUCAAACUAUGACCACUUGAAGACAUUUUAUAAACUCGCAGUAAAAAUUCACUUCCGAUAGUAAAAUUUACUCCACUUUACCUCAAAUAAGAGAUAUUGAUGUUCGACUGUACAUCGAUAUUUAUCGGUCAUGGACAUUUGAUGAUUCAAUCAUGGACAUUUGCUGAUUCAAUCAUGGACAUUUGGUGAUUCAAUCAUGGACAUUUGGUGAUUGACAAUCAUGGACAUUUGGUGAUUCAAUCAUGGACAUUUGGUGAUUGACAAUCAUUGACAUUUGGUGAUUCAAUCAUGGACAUUUGGUGAUUGACAAUCAUGGACAUUUGGUGAUUCAAUCAUGGACAUUUGAUGAUUCAAUCAUGGACAUUUGGUGAUUCAAUCAUGGACAUUUGGGGAUUCAAGACAAUCAUGGACAUUUGGUGAUUCAAUCAUGGACAUUUGAUGAUUCAAUCAUGGACAUUUGGUGAUUCAAUCAUGGACAUUUGCUGAUUGACAAUCAUGGACAUUUGGUGAUUCAAUCAUGGACAUUUGCUGAUUCAAUCAUGAACAUUUGUAAAUUCAAUCAUGAACAUGUACAUUUGGUGAUAUCAGUAUCGUUUUACCAAUCUGGUAGAAGCAAUUGUCUUGGGUAGCAUCUGAUGAUUUUACCAGUUAAUAUUAUUCCAUAACAAUUAUGUAAGACUCUCAGGAAUUCUGCUACAGUAGUUUAUUUUUGAAAAAAAGGGCUAAUAAGGGGUGAGGUAGUGGAUGGUUCGUUGCUACUGUACCUAAUACAAUUACUUCCAUCAAAGACAAAUAAUGUUUCAACAAUGUAUUUGCAGAAAAUUUGUCGUUCUGUCCAACUUUUCUUGAAUAAAUGUGUUUUGUGUUUUUAA